CCAAUUCUUUCUCCACAUAUACUUCGCAUCAAAAUUUGUUCCCUCUCACACUCUUUACUUCGCUUCCAAUCCUCGCUUUUCUCGAUCUUCUAAAUUCUCAUUCUUGAAAAUUAUUUGUAAAUUCAAAAAAAAAAAAAAAAAUCCGCCGGAUCUAAUUGGUCUCCGGCGACAUUAAUGGAAGUUCACGGCGACGGACUCCGCCGUGUCUUGGUUUUGGCCUUCUGCGUCGCCGGAAUUUGGUCCGCUUAUAUCUACCAAGGUUUUCUUCAAGAAACUCUGUCGACCAAGAGAUUUGGUCCAGAUGAGAAGAGGUUCGAACACCUUUCGUUCCUUAACUUGGCACAGAAUGUAGUGUGUUUAAUCUGGUCAUUCAUAAUGAUAAAGCUUUGGUCCAGUGGUAGUAAUGGUGGCGCUCCUUGGUGGAUGUACUGGAGUGCUGGCAUUACAAACACGAUUGGUCCAGCUAUGGGAAUCGAAGCACUAAAGUAUAUCAGCUACCCAGCCCAGGUACUGGCAAAAUCCUCAAAAAUGAUUCCAGUAAUGCUGAUGGGUGCUUUAGUUUAUGGUAUAAGAUACACUGUUCCAGAGUAUCUUUGCACUUUCCUUGUUGCUGGAGGGGUAUCUACAUUUGCCCUCUUAAAGACUAGCUCGAAGACUAUUGGCAAGCUGGCACAGCCAAAUGCACCUUUUGGAUAUUUGCUAUGUUUUCUGAACCUUACAUUUGAUGGAUUUACAAAUGCUACUCAGGAUUCAAUAACCAAAAGGUACCCGAAAACAAGUGCCUGGGAUAUUAUGCUAGGAAUGAACUUAUGGGGUACCAUUUACAACAUGAUCUACAUGUUCGGCUGGCCGCAUGCUAGCGGAUUUGAGGCAGUCCAAUUUUGCAAGCAGCAUCCAGAGGCAGCAUGGGACAUAUUUCUCUACUGCCUUUGUGGGGCAGUGGGCCAGAAUUUCAUCUUUCUAACCAUAAGUAGAUUUGGCUCCCUUGCUAAUACCACCAUCACCACGACCCGUAAGUUUGUCAGCAUCGUGGUUUCUUCACUGCUGAGUGGCAAUCCCCUGUCAACAAAGCAAUGGGGGUGUGUUGCCAUGGUCUUCUCUGGGCUGUCAUACCAAAUCUACCUCAAGUGGAGGAAGUUGCAGAGAGCCCCAAAGAAGAGAAAGCCCAUGUGAAGAGGGAGUGUGUAACAAUUUUGAACUUUUUUAACAUUCAUCCUUUUUCGUUUUCACCAUUUUAUCCCUUUUAUAUCAUUUAUAGUAACUUUAGGGCUCAGUGGAUCUAGGUUAUACCCAUGAAAAUCGUGAAUGUAAUUGUAGAUUCCUUAUUGAGAAACAUUAUUUUAAAUAGUUCUCAUGCCGUUCUAUCC